AUGACACGUCGACAUCCAACCGUCUUCUCUUUAAUUAUUCUUUUAUGCGGUUUUCGACUAAUUGAUGCGCUGAGAUGCUACCAGUCCGACAUGCAGGUGGAAAACUGCGAGCCGGCCGAUCUAUGGUGCCUCAAGUACAUCAACGGGACCCAAAUAUCGCGCGGGUGCACAAAUGUCUACGAUUAUUGUAUUGACGACGACGAGGGCUGCUAUCCGCCAAUCUAUGAGAACAAUCUCAAACAGGAAUUCUGCUGCUGCCGCGAUGAUUUGUGCAAUGUCGGCGGCCAAUUAAGUACAAUUAGUAGCAUAAUUAUUCAAUUUUUAAUUGCCACACUUUAUUGUUGUUGGCGUUGA